CUGCUGACCGCGCCGCGCUGACCGCGGCCGCCGCGCGUGCGGGAGAGGAAGCCGCCGCCGCCGCCGCGGGGAUCGCAGCGCGGGAGGAGGAGGAGGAGGAGGAGGAGGAGCCGCGGGAGCAGGAAGCCGGGCGGGGGACGCCGCGGACCAGGAUGCCCGAGCGGGCGGCCGGCGCCGCCAGCCCCAGCAGCCGCCCGUGACCCGGCCCCGCGCCCCGGCGCCCGCGCCCGCGGGCCCCCGGCCUCAGCAUGUCCAAGAUGCCGGCCAAGAAGAAGAGCUGCUUCCAGAUCACCAGCGUCACCACGGCCCAGGUGGCCACGAGCAUCACCGAGGACACCGAGAGCCUGGACGACCCGGACGAGUCGCGCACCGAGGACGUCUCGUCCGAGAUCUUCGACGUGUCGCGGGCCACGGAUUACGGCCCCGAGGAGGCGUGCGAGCGCAGCUCGUCCGAGGAGACGCUCAACAACGUGGGCGAGGCCGAGACGCCCGGCGCCGUGUCCCCGAACCUGCCCCCGGACGGGCCGCUGGCGCCCGCCAACGGCGCGGGCCGGGCCGCGGCGCCCGCGCCGCCGCCCCCCGCCGCCGCCGCCGCUGCCGCCUGCAGCUCGCGCUUCCGCGUCAUCAAGCUGGACCACGGCAGCGGCGAGCCCUACCGCCGGGGCCGCUGGACGUGCGUGGAGUACUACGAGCGCGACGCGGACAGCAGCGUGCUCGCGCGCUCGGGGGACUGCAUCCGGCACAGCGGGCCCCCGGAGCCCGCCGCCGAGCGCGACAGCGGCCUGGGCGCCACCGGGGGCUCGGUGGUGGUCGUGGUGACCUCGCUGCCCGGGCCGCACGGGCCUGAGCCCGGCCCCGACGGCGCCCCGCCCGCCGCCGCCGCCGCCGAGAGAACGAGCCAGCCCGGGCCAGCCCCGCCGCCCCCUUUCGGCGUGGGGCCGCCGCCGCUGUUCCCCGGAGCCCCGGCGCCCGGCCCGCCCCCGGGGAGCGCGGUCCCCGCGGGGCCCCUCGGCGCGGGGCCGCCGCUGGCGACGGUCACCCUGGCGCAGCCCGGCGCCCCGACGACGGCGCAGCCGCCCCCGCCCUUCGCCUACCCCCAGCCGCCCGCCCGGCCGCCGCCGCCCGCCGGCCCGAGCGCGCCGCUCCUGCCCGGCGACCCCGGCGGGGCCGGGCCGCCCCCGACCGUGCCUGCGCCGCCCCCGGGGGGCAGCGGCGCCCUCGCCGCGGCGCCCGGAGCCGCCAACGUGCCUGCGGCCGCGCCCGCGCCCAGCGUGCCUAGUGUCCCCGCCGCGCCUCUCGCUAUGCCAAAUGUCCCCGCGCCGCCGCCGCCCGCCAGCCGGAGCGGCGGCGCCGCCCCCGCCGGCCCCCCGCCGUCCGACCCCAGCCCGCCGGCCGCGCCCGCCGACGAGGCCCGGAGGCCGUCGGAGCCCCUACCUCAGCCGCCGCUCGCGCUGCUGGCGGACAGCAAGCCCGCCGCCAAGCCCGCCGCCGACGCCCUGGCCCACCCCCUGCAGCUGACGCCCAUGGGCAGCCUUGCCACCUCCGUGUUCAGCAUCGCCAUCCCCGUGGACGGCGACGAGGACAGGAAUCCUUCAACUGCUUUCUACCAAGCGUUCCAUGUGAACACGUUUCAGGAAUCAAAGAGCCUCUGGGAUAGUGCAUCUGGGGGAGGUGGUGUAGCCAUUGACAACAAAAUAGAACAAGCAAUGGACCUGGUGAAAAGCCAUUUGAUGUAUGCAGUCAGAGAAGAGGUGGAAGUCCUAAAGGAACAAAUAAAAGAAUUAGUAGAAAGAAACUCUUUACUUGAACGAGAAAACGCACUGUUAAAAUCUCUCUCCAACAACGACCAGUUGUCCCAGCUCCCCGCCCCGCAGCCCAGCCCCGGGAGCACCUCGCAGCCGCCCGCGGUGCCGGGCCCGCCCGCACAGCCUCCGCAGCAGCCGAAUGUCUCCUCAGCGUAGCCCCCCCGCCCCCAGGAAGCGGCGGCCCAGCCUCCUCGCGUGCCACCGGUGUCGCGCCUCCUCCCACGACAGCAAGUAGCCAUGCUUCGGUGUGUGUUUGGCCUUUUCAGUAUUAGACAAUCAUCCUCCAGAGCUCCGCCCCGCCCCAGACGCCCGGGCCCCGCGCUGCCGCCAGACGCGGGAGGCGAAGCCGGGUGGACCCCAGCGAGCAGCGGCGUUUCCCGGGGGCCACAGGUGUGGGGCCCUCCCAGAGCGUCCUGGGCCCGUGGGUUCCCCUGAGCCCGCCUCUCCCGUUAUAAGCAACAGUUCAUCGACAGAGCCACUUUCUUUCCGUACCAGUAACAUUUGCCUACAUACGUUUUCAUUUAUUUGUGUUUUAUUUAUUACAGGGCUGCUAUUUUCAUAAUGUACAUGAACAAUGUCACAGAACUUUUUUAAUUUUUUUGAAUAAUUAUAUCAGUCAAGGAAUUGAAAGGCAGGAUUGCAUUUACUAGAUUCAACGUUUAGGCAAUAAUUGAACAAAAGAAAUCCUGGCCUAUUUCUAACACUAACGGCAAUUUCCCUUCGGUAUUUAUUUUCAGUAGUCAGGACCCAGCUUGAAUGUAAAUUUUGUAUAGUGUAAGUAUGAAGAACUUAGUGCAACUGUACAGGUAGGCCCCAGUUAUUGUGACAUAAUAAAUAAUUGGGCUAUUUUGAUGAAGAAAACUUUGUUCAUUUGUUUCUACUUUCUAAUAGAGAAAUUGCCACGAUUCCUCUGCUUUUUGACAUUUCGUAUGACUUUUUUUUCGGGUGGGAAUAAAAAGCUGUGAAAUUGUUCAACCUACUUUGUAACCAAAGAAGCAAAGCUGUGUAAUGGAGUUUGUUGGUUUUUUUUUUUUUGUUUGGGUUUUUCUUUUUUUUUUUUCUUUUUUUUUUUUAUAUAAUGCACAUUCUUUAUGUAUUUUUAUUUAGUGUUUUCUUGGUCACAAUUUUCUUUGCUGUCUAGCAUGAUCUGCAUGACCUAUACUCUUUGAACCACUUUCGUACCUCAUGUUUUUAUCCAGCACUCUUAUUGUAAUAUGUACUAGUCUGUGAACAAUGUCAAAUAAAGAAGAACGGACAGGUAGUACGGUGGGGCUGAGCUAGUGUGUACUCUGCACUAGUUGUAAAAAAAAAAAAAAUGAAGUGAGCCAUCUUUUGUUCAUUUAAAAUGGUGUUUUGAAUUUCGUAUGCAGAAAACGUUUUGUUACAUUGCAGAUUUUAAUGUAUUUAAUAAAUGCAACAUGCAGAUUAAGUGCAGUGUAUACUGAGUAUUUAAAUUAAAAUGUACAUUUCAUAAAUACAGUUUCAAAAGAAAGCAUCAUUUUGUGUAUACUAACACAUUAAGUGUAUGUCAGAAAUUGAUGUAUAAAUAUAUAUUUUAACACAUUUUCUGAAAUUAAACUGCAGUUUUGUUGAAAUAUUUGGCUCUACAUGUGUUCAAAAUUUGAUUUGAUUAGAUUUGUAUUUCCACAAUUCAAAACAUUCCUAAGAUGAAAACCUAUGUUAUUAAUGACUUCUAGUUAUUAAAAUUUUCGAAGUAAAACUUAAAGAAUGCAAAAAUGCUCAGCAAUAUUUGUACUCAAUAUUCGUAGUGUGUCAGUGACAUUUUCGUAGGAAAUACUUGUCUACCAAAAGUUUUACUUGAAUUCCAAGUGGUGCCUGGAGGAGCCGGCUCUCGUCUCCGGCCAAUCAGGAGGCGCCGGAGCCUGUCAGCUCUCCAGUAAAAGGAUAAACGAGUGUUCUCUAAAAUCAAGUGUAACCAGAUUAAUCACAACUAAAGGCAAAUUCAGGGUGUACGUGGGAUUACCAAAUAUUUUCUGUUUUGUUACAGGAUCUGAUGGGUAGCAGCAAAAUGUUGAUGGUUGCUAGCAUGAGAACGAUUAAGCCGUGUGUAGCGUAAGGAAGCGAACCUAGCGGCUUCAAGUAUAGCCACGCAGAUGAGGUGAAGGAGAAACUGGUUUCUGUGCUGACCAAAAGGUUCCCCGAUCAGGCCCCUCCACAGCUGCCCUCAACUCAGAUUUAACCCAGGUGGAGAAAAAUUAGGAUUGGAGAAAGGUUGGGGCUUUCAGUGCAUUUUAGUUCUGGAGAUAGAAAAAAAAAAAUGUUAUAAUGAUGAUCAGUCUAUAGUGGAAAUUAAAAGCAAUCAAUUGCUACUAUAUUUUUGUUUUAAUUCCCACAAUGGAGAAAACGGUUCUAUAGAAAAAUCAGUGGCAGUUCCUAAGGGUUGAAACUUAGAGUUCUAGUAACCUAUGAAUUACAAAUUAAUGUGACAAUUUGCUGUUUAGUCUAAAUAGCAAGACCUAAUGUAGAAAGGCAAGCUUUCUUCCUAUGUACUUCUAGAAAAUAAUUUGAGUAUCUCAAGAGCCUUAAAUACAAGCUUUUCAGUUUAACGGUGAGAAGAAACUCAACUUACGGUGCAAUGUUCAAAAAAUGCAAAUUUUUAAUUGUGCCUGUCCUCUGUGCUCCUGUCCCCCCCCCUCCUGUGUCCUUUGCCCCCUCCCCAUGUCCACGGCCACACCAUGCUGUGAAUGGCAGUCCCCUCCGUGCCGGCCUCGGAAGGCAGGACAAGCUGCGGUGCUUUUUGAGCGUUGGUAGUUGUAUUUGGAAACGAGCAAGCAUACUCCAAUGAUUAUUUGUUUAGAGUCUAAUAAAUGUCAAUUUUUGCCUUGGA